AUGGAACUUAAAUCUGGAGAUAUGAUUGAUGUCAGUUUAGAGAUACCAAAAUCUGAAGGUGAUUUUGAAUGGGUCUAAGCGAAGAUUUUAGCUGUGUUAAAUGAAGAUAAUCUUAAACUAAACUUUAUUUUCGAUUAUUGGAAGCAAAACACAAUAAUUAACAAGUGGACUAUCAAAAUUGAGCAGUCUACCAUUUUAGAUAUUUAAGAAAGAAAGUAAUCAAAUAGUGAUCAUAUUAUUAAAAUGGCUUUUAUUGGGUAUAGAGUAUACUGUGAGUAAGGGAAUAAAGAGGAUGAAAUGGGAUCAUUCUACGGUUGGUCCUCUAGAUAUGAUGAAUGGAUUCCACUCUAUUCUCUACGUAUAAGGCCAUUGCUUACAUAAACCUUAAAAAAGAGAAAUCCUUUUAACUUAAUAGUCUCCAAUUGA